AGGGGGGAGGAAUUUGGAGCUAUCCUGGGACUCUGGGCCCUGCGGGAGCCCCCAGCUCUGCCUGCGUCUCCGUCUCUCCCUGUCUCGCCGUCCUUUCCUCCUCUGAUUGCCUACAAAGAGACCACUGAGGACACAGCAGGAAGACAGCUGUCCACAAGCCAGGAGGACGGUCUUCCACCGGCAAGCAAAUUGCUGGCACCCUGAUCUUGGACUUCCCAGGCUCCGGACCUGUGAGAUGUCCGUGUUUGCUGCUUGGGCCACCCGGUCUGCAGUGUUUUGUUAACAGCAGGCGGGAACAGCCUUGCUGUUCCUGCUCAACUAACCACAGUCGCUGAGAAUUUCACGCCCAAGUUUGGUGCAUUUCUGGGUUACAGUCAUUCACAGGGUGUGCCGCCCAUGCCAGGCUCUGUUUGGGGUGCUGAGCGUCCAGAAGUUAAAAAGUGCCCACCCAGUACCCGCCCAGGAGGAGUCACCUCCGGUUGAGACAGCAGGCCGGUGGAUAAGGAGGGUGCCAGCUGGUGCCUUGGAUAAGACUUCGUGGUUCCGUGAGGGCCCUGCCCUGGGCGCUGUCAGACAAGACAGGUCCCAGGAAGAGUCCUCUCUCCCAAAUUGUCAUGGCUUGAGCCUCCCGCGACCCAAGACAUCAGCCCACCAUUGUGGCCCCAUCCCAUGGCACUAGCCUAAUGGCCCAACUUGCGCCAGCCACAGAUGAGAGCUGGCCUAACUUUUCUGCCCAGUAAGGACCAAUUAUCUAUUCAGCCACCUGAGAAAUAUUUACUGCACCUGGGCUCUAUUCCAAGCCUGGGACUAAACAAAACUCAGGUCCCCUCUCUGGGAACCUCCAUUUCUCAUCUGUAAAAUGGGGACAACUGCACCUCUUGAAAGUCGUGUUGCAGAAGGGAGAGAACCCAUGGAUGCUUAGAACACAGCUGGAUACACUACAGAGCUCACUGGAAGAGCGUUUGGAGCAGGAACAGCAAGUGCAAAUGCCCAGGGGCAGGAUGGAAUAGAACAGAACAGAAGCAUGCAGAAGGGAUCAGACAACAAGGACGUCCGUCGAAAUGGGGCCAGACCGUACGCACGCCUGCGGAAGGCUGCUUUCACAGACGUGUUUGCAGUUCGUUUAUGUGGUGGCGUGAAGGAUGCCUUCCCCCUGUUUCAGAGUAGCUGUGCAUGGACAUUUGGGUUAUUUUGAGUCUUUUCUGCUGUCCCCACUAGCCCUGUGCCAAUGUCACUUGAUACUUCCACUGGUCUUUGGGAUGUACUUCUAGGAAGAGUGUUCCUGGGUCCUACGGGAAGACCCAUCUCCCCCCGAGACCACCGUAACGUUUGGUCCCCGUCAUUUUGUGACAGAGUUUAGAGCCCGAGCACACAGCCCUCCCUUCGUGCCUUUGUCGGCACAAAUCCUGGCCUUGUUCUCACUGGCCGUGACCCCUGGACACACAGGCUGCCUCCUGCCGUCGGGAGUGUGUCUUCUGGGCUCCUCCGGCCAACGAUCAUUUUGCAGCAAGAACACCAGCCUGGCUUCAUUCUCCGUGCCCGGCGUGUUUCCUCUGAUCUCCUCACCGUCCUGCACGGCAGCAUCCACUAUCCCCAUUUUACAGCUGAGGAAGCCAGGGGAUGGGGGGUUGGGGAAGAGUUAGCGUCUGGCCCAAACUCACACAGCCCCGCAGGCGAGGGAGGUGGUGGGGCUUGUGUGGAGACCCCGCGUUUGUGCGUGCACGUGUGCGCACACGUGUGCUGUGUGCACGCGUGUAUGUAGUUGUGUCCAUAGGCCUCCGUACGUUUCUCGGUCACAGGACGCGAACGUCCACACUGCUGGCUCGAGGCACCCAGCAGGAUGACCUCCUCAAAGCAGAAUCACUAGUGCUCGUUGGAUUCUAUGUUUAAGUCUCUAGAUUGGUGGCCCCUGCCCCUGAACCCCUGCACUGUGGGAACUUGGGGCUGGAUUCGGCUGGGUCUCCAAGGAGGGCCAUGGGCCUGGGGAGAAGGGCUGCCUCGAAAGGACCCCCCCCCCAGCCGCCCCGCCCUCCCGCAGAGAGGAGCCAGAGCCCAGCCCUCGGCCACUGUGAGGGCGCACAUCACAAUGGCUGUUCCGCCCGAGCCAGGCCUGGCAGGAGGUGCCGGGGGGGGGCUCACACUCUUGGUCCGAGGACAACCAGGCAUCAUGGGGACUGGAGACAAGCGCUCAGCCGCUCAGAACCUGGAACCCGAUGCUGCCCAGAUACCUUUGCUGGAACCCAGAACGCCUGGAGCGCCAAGAUGGAACACUCCCCAAGAGCCGCCGCCUAGGCCGCCGCCGCCUCGGCCACCGCCGCCUCGGCCACCGCCUCCUUCCCCUCCUCCCCCUCCGCCUCCAGCAACUCAUGUUCUUCCCCCGAUGUACAUGCAAGGCCCCCAGGGGAUUCAGCCAGCAGUGUUCACCAGCUUGCCUAGGAUGGGGACUGCCACCCCCAUAAGGUCCAUGUGUCAGUACUGCGGGAACUACAUCAUCACAGUGACCAGCCCGGUCCCAGGGGUCCUCACCUGGAUGCUGUGUACCGGCCUCUUCAUCUUUGGAUGCUUCCUGGGCUGCUGCUUCCUUCCCUUCUGUGUGGACAGCUUGAUGGACGUGAAGCACACGUGCCCCGUGUGCCGACAGGAGCUCUUCCGCUACCACCGCCUGUGAACCGCACAAAAUAAAUGUCCACAGAGUGCC